AUGGCCUGGCUGUGGCUGCCCUGCUUCCUGCUUCCUGUUUUCAUGGUGUCUGUGGUAGCCAAUGUGCCCCCGACAUUCCUACCCAACAUGUCGGCAGUGACCCUGCCGGAGGACCUCCCAGUGGAUAAGGAGGCCUUCUGGUUGGUGGCUGAAGACCUGGAUGACGACCCUCUCACCUACGGGAUUAGUGGCUCCUAUAGAUACUUCUUCUCUGUCACCCCGGACACUGGGCAAGUCAAGCUGGCCUACCCCCUGGACUACGAGACACUCGACUUCUUCACCAUCACCAUCCUCGUGAGCGACCCUCAAAUGAACUCAGGGCAGAAGGAAAUGAUUGUGAUUGUGGAAGACAGAAAUGACAAUGCACCUGUUUUCCAGAACAGCAGCUUCUCCACCAGCAUCAAUGAGACUCUGCAAGUCGGCUCCGUGGUAUUCUCCGUGUUGGCAAAGGACAGCGACUCGGGGUCAGCAGGCGUGGUGGAGUACUUCAUAGUGAACGUCAUCCCGAGUACCCAGGACAGCAGGUAUCUCUUCCGGAUCCUGGAGGACGGCUCCAUCAUACUCAACGGCAGCCUCAGCUAUAAUAACAAGAGUGCCUUCUACCAGCUGGAGCUCAAAGCCUGCGACUUAGGUGGCAUGUUACACGAUGAAAAUGUCAUCCAGUGCUCCCAGCCUGUCUUCCUGCCCAUCUCGGUGAUCGACCAGCCUGACCUGAACCCCCAGUUUGUCAGGGAGUUUUACUCGGCUUCGGUGCCUGAAGAUGCAACCAUUGGAACCUCAGUGCUGAAAGUGGAGGCUGUGGACAGUGACAAAGGCAUCAAUGAUAAUGUGGUCUACAAAAUCACCAAUUCCACAAGGCUUGGAUGGUUCGACAUUGGGGAAGAUGGGGUCAUCACAGUCAGUGGUUCCCUGGACCGAGAGGAGCUACUGGAGGAGGAUGAGGAGGUGCAGCUGCAGGUCACGGCCACGGAGAUGCACCUCGACAUCUAUGGGCAAGAGGCCAAGGUGAGCAUGUGGGUCACAAUAAGAGUGACAGAUAUCAAUGACCACAAGCCAGAGUUUUACAACUGCAGCCUCGCAGACUGCCUCUUCACCCCCGAUGAGGCCCAAGUCAGCUUCACAGGCUACGUGGAUGAACACUCCUCUACCCGCAUCCCCAUCGAUGACCUCACCAUGGUGGCCUACGACCCGGACAAGGGUAACAAUGGCACCUUUGAAUUGAGCCUGAAGGGUCUUGAUGCACAAGCCUUCAGUGUCUCCCCAGCGCGGGCAGCAAGCUCAGCGGACGUGCAGGUGCUGGUGAAAGACCCAGAGCUGGUAGACUACGAGAGACAGACAGUGAUGCUGGUGGAGGUUGUGGCCACUGACUCGGUCAGCCAGAACUUUUCCGUCGCCAUGGUGACCAUCUAUCUAAGAGAUAUUAAUGACCACAGACCCACAUUCUCCCAGGAAUUGUAUGUCGUUGAUGUGCUGGAGAACAGUGCGACAGGCUCCGUGGUCACCAACAGUAUCAUUGCUACAGACCCAGACACGGGCGAGGGGGGCCGCAUCACCUAUACCCUGCUCCCAGGAAAUGGGGCAGACCUCUUUGAGGUGGAUCGUGACUCGGGGACAGUGACAGUGAAAAAUGGCAUGCUACUAGAUCGGGAGAGGCAGGCUGUGUACUACCUCACGCUGCAGGCCACUGAUGGCGGGGGCCAGUCCUCCACUGCCACACUGCAGAUCAACCUGCUGGACGUCAACGACAAUCCACCUGUGGUCAUCGGCUCCUACAACAUCUUCGUCCAGGAGGAAGAAGAUGUCUCUGUGACCAUCCAGGCUUAUGACAAUGACGAGCCAGACACCAACAACAGCCGCCUGCUCUACAGCCUGCUGCCUGGGCCCUACAGCUACAACUUCUCGCUGGAUCCCAACACAGGGCUCCUCACAAGCCUGGGGCCGCUGGACAGAGAGGCCAUUGACCCUGCCCUGAAGGGUCUUAUUGUGCUGACUGUGCAUGUGACUGACUGUGGUGUGCCACCCCUCAGCACAGAGGUCAAUGUCACUAUCACCGUGGAGGACAUCAAUGACAACCUCCCCAUCUUCAACCAGUCCAGCUACCAAUUCUUUGUGAAGGAGAGAGAGCCAGGAGUAUUGGUGGGCAGAGUGGAGGCCUGGGAUGCAGACCAGACAGAGGCCAACAACCGUAUCAGCUUCAGCCUGUCUGGGAACGGUGUCAACAACUUCCUGCUCCAAAGCGUGGUGCUGGGGUCUGGAAGGGCAGAGGGCCACCUCUGGCUGGCCCCGGAAGUAAGCCUGGACUAUGAGACGCAGAACUUCUUCGGACUGAAUGUGCGUGCUGAGAACCCAGGCCCCCAGGGACUCGAGGCCACAGCCAAAGUCAACGUGACUGUGGUGGAUGUGAAUGAUGAGCCCCCUGUCCUGGUGGCAGCCUCGCUCCAGGGCAUCUCUGUGGCUGAGAAUGGUUCACAGCAUGGCCAGGUGGCUGAGGUGGUCGCCCAGGAUGUAGAUACCGAGGCCCAGCUGGAGAUUCAGCUUGUGAACAUCAUCUGCACCAAGGCUGGAGUUGACGUGGGUCACCUGUGCCAUGGCUGGUUCUCUGUGGAGGCCAACGGCUCUGUGUACAUCAAUCAGAGUGAGGCUAUCGACUAUGAGGCCUGUGACCUGGUCACACUGGUCCUGAGGGCCUGGGAUGUCAACACCGAUCCUCGCUUCGAGGCCUACAGCAACAAUGGGAGCCUUCUCAUCAUGAUCGUGGAUGUGAAUGACAACGCACCCUAUUUCCUGCAUAAUAAUAAGACUUUUGUGAUCAUACCAGAACUUGUGAUACCCGAUCAGCAAGUGGCUACUGUUCAGGCUAAAGAUGAAGACUCAGGAAACAAUGGAGUCAUCACAUUCUCCAUCCAGCAAGAGAAUUUUGUCUAUAAAGAUGGGGCCAUCGCCACUUUCCAGGGUUCCUUCCGGGUCUCCACCUCCUCGGAGGCCAACGUGUUUACUGGCAGCAUCGAGCUGGUGACCAGCCUGGACUCCACUCUCCAGGGCACUUACCAACUGGUAGUCCUAGCCAAGGACAAGCCCUCUAAGGGUCCCCCACAGGAAGCCAGAAUCACCCUGAAUCUCUUCACCGUGGACCAGAGUUACCGCGUAAGGCUGCAGUUCUCCCCCAACAAGGAGGAGGUGGGCACCAAUGUGGAAGAGAUUAAAGAGGCUCUUGCUCAGGCGACUAGGACCUCUGUGUACGUUGUGAAGAUUCAGAGCAUAGACUUCGCAGCUCCGGCCCGGGUCCAAUCCUACCUCGAUGCUUACUUUGUGUUCUCCAAUGGGUCAGCACUAACACUUAAUGAACUGAGUGUGAUGAUCCGGAAAGACCAGGACUCACUGUCGAAGCUGCUGCAGCUGGGGUUGGUGCUGCUGGGCUCCCAGCAGAGCCAGGAUUCUGACCAGUCAAAAGUGCUCACCAGCGUCAUCAUAGGACUGGUAGUGACUUUGGUGCUGGCCCUCGUGAUCAUGGCCAUGUCUCUUGUGUGUGUGCAGAAGAGUUACAACCGGAAGCUUCGGGCUAUGAAGGCUGGCAAGGAGGCCCGGAAGACAGCAGUGGGGGUGAUGCCCACGGCUGCCACCAUCCCUGGGACUAACAUGUACAACACUGAGCGGGCCAACCCCAUUCUGGGCCUCCCCAACAAGGACCUGGACUUGGAGUACCUCUCCGCCACCAGUAACAUGGACUCUGUCAGCCUCAAUUCCCUUGACGACAACUCUGUGGACCUGGACAAGAACAGUCAGAAAAUCGAGAAGAAGCUGGAGCACAGUCCACCAGAGCCGCAUUCAGAACCCCUGAGCGCGGUGCUGUCAGAAAGGCAGGCGGCCAUGAGUGGACGACAGCAGCAGGUGUUCACCAAUGCCGGCCUGGACACCACGGACCUGUGA